UGCCGCUCUUAGACAUGGCAUGAAUAGAAUGACAUUUGUAUCCACCCUGUGAGGUCAUGCCAGAUGACAUGUUACAAAAUCGAUCUUCCUCACAUUCACGUCGUACGUUUCCCCUCUCUCUGUUGCAGAUAUCCUACCAACAAGUGGGUAAAGCUGGGAACUUUCCAUGCUCGCGAUGAACGGAUAGUCCAGAGCUUCCCACUAGAUGAACAGCUUUAUGCUAAAUAUGUGAAGAUGUUCAUCAAGUACAUAAAGGUUGAACUUCUCUCUCAUUUCGGAUCUGAACACUUCUGUCCCCUCAGUCUUAUCAGGGUGUUUGGUACCAGCAUGGUGGAGGAGUAUGAGGAGAUAGCAGAUUCUCAGUACCCCUCAGAGAGACUUGAGUAUUUGGAUGAGGACUAUGACUAUCCUCCUGGCUACCAACCAACAGAAGACAAGGCCUCCAAAAACCUGCUUGGUUCAGCAACCAAUGCCAUCCUAAACAUGGUAAACAACAUUGCUGCUAAUGUGCUGGGAGGAAAGCCAGAGCUGGAGAGUGGAGCAGAAACGGGAGGUAACGCAACAACAGAGGGGGGUGAAAAGGAGAGCACAGAGUCAGCUAAACCAACUGAGGCCCUAGACACAGUACUGCAACCUUCAAAGCCAGAACAACCUACAACAGAAGAGGUCUCCGUCUCUAGUGACUCCUCCACAUCUUCCCACUCAUCAUCUGAUCCACAUAAGGAUGUGGAUCAGAUUGUCACUCUAGUAGAGGAGGAGGAAGAGGAUGAGGAGAUCAGACUGUCAACUGUUACUCUAUUGGAGGAGGAGGGAGAGGAUGAUGAAGAAGGGGAAAAGAGCGAGGAGGAGAUGAGGAAGGAGGCAGACAGGAACCAGUGGGAGAGCCAGGCUUACUGUCCUUUCACCUCCUUCUCCUCCCUCUCUCUGUCUUGCAUGGUCACCCUGCCUGAGCUGCUCCAUCGCUGGUGCUCCGCCAGGCUGGCCAAGGAGAGACUGCGCAGCCUUAAGAAGAGGCAGCUUAGCACUCAAACACAGACUCACCCUACUGUGAGCACACCUGUCCUCACACACACACCUCCACUGAUUCCUAUUCCUGCCCCCACACCUAUCCAAGAACCCCUCCCUCUCACAGAAAAAGCUCCAGAACUCGAGGUGCCUGAGAAGGGGCAAAAUGAGUGCAAAGCUCUCAGUGAGGAGUACACCACUGACACGCCUCUCAGCACUGACACACCUGAUUCAUACACUCCCGAGCUCAACAUCCUCCUAGAGCCAAGCAGAACCUCCACCAUCCCCCCUCAGAGUUUCUCAGACAGCCACAGCUCCCUAACACAGCCUACCCCAACCCCUAAGGAGAGCUUGUUACCUUUAAUUAAAGACGCAACCCUAGAUCCUGUCCCCACUCCUCCCCUCCAAGCUGUCUCUAUCCCAAAGACGCAGCACGCCAGCAGCGUCACCCCCACGCUUUCUGCCAGCACUCCCCCGUUAUCUCCAUCUUCUGAGACGGCUUCUCCUGUCGUCACGGUUCCUCCUGUCAAAGAUCAGCCUGUUCAGCCUCUUCCCACUGCUUCAAGACCUGAGGAUUUUAUCUCCCCUCCCACUGAGCUGCCAGCAGCUUUGCCUUCAAAUGACAUUCACACAGACUCAGUUAAGUCAGGCGUAGACAGCGGGGACUCGCAGAGACAAAAUGUUCAGGCUUCCCAGACCCACGGGGAGCAGGCUGAUUCACUUCCUCAGACAGGAGAGCCUCAUCGGAUGGAAGAGGCCGUAGAAGAGGAACUGCUGAGUGCUAGUGGGAAUGGCAACGCUCAGCGGACGGCUACAGACUUCUAUGCAGAGCUGCAGAACGGUGGAGAUUAUAAUGGUGGAGCAGUGAAUGGGAACAGCGUGUUAGUUAACGGAGGCGCAGUCCACGGAUCCAGCCAGAAAGAGAGUGUGUUCAUGAGGCUGAACAACAGGAUCAAAGCUCUGGAGAUGAACAUGAGUCUGUCCAGCAGAUACUUGGAGGAACUCAGCCAGAGAUAUCGUAAACAGAUGGAAGAGAUGCAGAAAGCGUUCAAUAAGACCAUCAUCAAGCUGCAAAACACCUCCCGUAUUGCUGAGGAACAGGACCAGAAGCAGACAGAGUCCAUCCAAGUCCUGCAGAGUCAGUUGGAAAACGUCACUAAACUGAUGCUCAAUCUCACAGCUACAGUCAGCGAGCUGCAGAGAGAGGUAUCGGACCGUCAGAGCUACCUGGUGGUCUCUCUGAUUCUGUGUCUAUUUCUGGGGAUCCUGCUGUGUCUGCAGUGCUGCCGCAGCUCGACCCCCGGCCCCAGCACCAACUCCACUGCUCUUCCCAAGAGCAACCACUACCCCAGCCCCAAGAGAUGCUUCUCCUCUUACGAUGACAUGAGCCUGAAGCGCAGGGUGACCUGCCCGCUUGUUCGCUCCAAGUCGUUUCACCUGUCCUCUACAGAAGUAGGUCCAGAUGACUUGUACAUUGUAGAACCUCUAAGGUUUUCUCCAGAGAAAAAGAAAAAACGCUGCAAGGCAAAGUCUUUGGACAAAGUUGAGACUCUGAAGGCAUUCGAUCCUUCUGCUCUCCUCACUAACGGGGAUCCCAAGUUUAACAGCUUCCACCCGUGUCUCCCUGCGCCACCAUCCUCGACACGCCCCCUACCUCUUCCUCCUCCACCUCCACCUCCUCCUCCCUUGCCUCCUCCCCCUUCAACACCCCAGGAGGGCCCAUUAUUGCCCCGUCGCGCCUCUAAGGAGUUCCCCUCAGAGACUAGCAGCUGCAGCUCGUCCACCCAUUCUGAGGAGUCGUACGCCAGCCGGCUCCCCCCUCCCUCUCCCGUCUUCCCCGCUGAUGGCGUGUGCAACGGCCACGGCCUUUCUUUCCCCCUCGGCCAGCCGGUUGCGAAGUCCCGUCAGGAGAAGCGCUCAACGAAGCGGCGGAAGUCUCGCCAGACCGAGCUGCAGUUCCCGCACAUGCCAGUGGGGAGCGUUGGUUCUCUGCCCAGCCUGCAGCAGCUUAUGAAGGGAAACAAGGAGAUGAGUGUCGGGACCAUCGGGGUGACAGCCGUCACAGGACAUGUCUGAAUCCUCACACGUCACCUUUACACAAUUAUCUGCUCACACCUGUGCACACACUACACGGUAGCGGACACGACAGACAGAAGAGGUCUUACCACAUCCCAAAGAACCACAUUUCCCAUGAGCACCCAGGCGCACCGUGGAACUGAAUUGGCUAUGGCAGCAGUAGCUCAACAUCAUUCAAGACCCGUUUACGGUUAUGUGCCUUUAUAUCUGUUCUAGACCUUCUAACUCUUAAAAACGUGAAAUGUAAACAGUUGUUGAUGUGCACAAAAAGACACUGUGAUAGGAAGUGAAACACCAGGAAGAGUCAAAACUAUUGAAGUGUGUUUGAGAGAUUUUAUUUUAUUUUCAUUUUUCUACUGGAUAAGCACAUUUACCCAUGAAAGUGGAGCACCAGUGAAUUCAUUUCCCCACUCUGAGCACAGUGAGGAGAGGUGCUGGUCUCAACUCCGUGUUCCUUGAAAAGUGUUAGGCUGCUCUUUGGGAUGAAAUAUGUCAUUAUAAGAGGACUGUGGAGCAUGACAAAUGACUUCUCUUAUCCUUAUUUCCUCCUGUCUUUCAUUGCCAUCAUUUAACCUUUUCCAUCCUGCCUUAGUCUCUAAAUGACUGCAGGUGUUUGUUUGGGACCAGUGGGUAAAACAGUCUCAUUCUCGCCUUCUGUCUCUGUCAGUUUGUUCCAAACCAACCACGAGAGCUGAAUGAAGAAAAGUCUACAUGAAUGUAUUAGCCCUUUUCUUUUCUUUUCUUUUUUUUUUAAGUGUCUCAAUUAACUUCAUAAAACAAAUACAGUAGCAGCAGUCCAGCUCCUGUAGACCCUGCUCAGUUUGGGCUGGGCCCAAAAACGCUGUCACAAUAGAUUUUGUAACUGUGAUAAAACAGCUCAGAGGCAAGAAGCUGUAAUAUAAUUGUUUCAUUACUUUUAUAGUUCUUUCAUUUGUAACUGAGCCGUGUUUCUCUUAGCAUUGCUGGUUCGGCUUGUUUGAGUUGCUGUCAGAGCCAGUAUGGGGCAAAGUGUUUCCUGUUAAGGGCACAGUUUACUGUAGGGUAACCUUGGGUAACAGAGCUGAAUGUUUACGCACACCCUCUCGUGGACCUUGCAGAUGGGUCUGACAGAUCAGCUUUAUUUAUCUAUUUAUUUAUUUAAAUGAACAGAAUUUUCUAACCUAGUUGCUGGUUUGCCAGUCUCCCAGUCUUGCAGCGUCACAGUGGCUCAAUGCAAGUUUGUUACAUAGAAUUACUACUCAGUGGUACUGACACAUACAGUCAUGGUGGAUGGCUCAAACACAUUUGCUUUCUUUCGUUUUCUUACCUUAUAAUAAAUUCUAAUUGUACUUGGCUCAGCCUGAAAUAUCGGACAGUAAUCGCAUUUUAUAUCCAACAGUUAAAGGCUACAUGUAUGUUGGGAACACGCUGCUGCUUCUAUGUGUGUUCAGAGCUGCUGGAAAGUUGGAGAUGCUUUUAUUUUUAAAGAAAAAGAGGCUAUAACAAUGACUGUAGUACUGUGCUGUCUUCUGUCUGCCUUUUCAGCAUCUCUGCUGGAUUGGCUAACUGAUUUUAUGUUACCCUGGCUGUUUUGUUCAUGUAUAUUCAAUAUAACAAUUCAGCAAAAACACUGCAGGAAGCUGCAGAUUUGAAAGGAAGAUAUUUGUUUUUGUUUGCUUUUAAAGAAUAAAUUUAACAGGUUUGUUUUUUUUGUUUGUUUUUUUAUUCCCCCUUCUAUUUAUGCAAUUUCAUAGAGGUUCUGCAUGGUUGGUGUUGGACGUCUUGACAGACAGAAUUUUCUUCUAAUGCUACCAUCCCAUAUGAGUGUCAUUACCUGUUCUGACCAGCUUCUACUGCUCUUCUUUCCUUACAUAUCUUUAUCCAGAAAUGUCACCUCUGACCCCCUGUGCACGACUUCUGUCUGUGACUGUGAAGAAAACUUUAAAUAUGCCUGCUUUGAUUAACCACUCUACCAUGUUCCUGUUGGCUUCAAAUGCUUUUUCAUUCUGCUUGCCUGCUUUUCUGUCUAGCU